GUCCGCCCCGCCCCUCCCCUCCCUCUCCUCGCCCCCCACCCCCUUGCCUCUUCCCUUGUGAACUGGUAUCGUCCCUCGCUCGCUCCCUUUCGCGCUCGCUCCCCUUCUCGCCCCCCCUCCCUUCUCGCUUUCUCCUCCCUUCCAGACGCGGGUUCUGCGUCGGUCCUUCCCGCCCCCGUAUCCUCUCUCUCUCUCUCUCCCCGACGAGCAGGGGAAGGGGGCAGGGGGGCCUGCCUCGCCUUCACUCAGGGAGAUACCCCCGCGCCCCCUCCUUCUCCCGCCCCCACCACUUGCAGCCAUGAACUCCGAGUACGACUACCUUUUCAAGCUCCUCCUCAUCGGUGACUCCGGUGUCGGCAAGUCUUGCCUGCUCCUGCGUUUCGCCGACGACACCUACACCGAGUCCUACAUCUCCACCAUUGGUGUCGACUUCAAGAUCCGCACCAUCGAGCUCGACGGCCGCACCAUCAAGCUCCAGAUCUGGGAUACCGCCGGUCAGGACCGCUUCCGCACCAUCACCUCCUCUUACUACCGCGGUGCCCACGGCAUCAUUGUCGUCUACGAUGUCACCGACCAGGAGACCUUCACCAACGUCCGCGGCUGGCUGCAGGAGAUCGACCGCUUCGCCUCCGACUCCGUCAACAAGCUGCUGGUCGGCAACAAGGCUGAUCUCGUCUCCAAGAAGGUCGUCGACUUCGCCGCGGCCAAGGAGUUCGCCGACAGCGUCAACAUCCCCCUGAUCGAGACCUCCGCGAAGACCUCCACCAACGUUGAUGAGGCUUUCGUCAACAUGGCCGAGCUCAUCAAGCGCCGCACCGGCCCCCCCAACGUCGAGGCCACCAACUCCGGCGCCGGCAAGGUCAACAUCAAGCCGGAGCCGAUCCCCGCCCCCCGCUCUGGUGGCUGCUGCUAAGCACGCACGCUCCCACCGACUGUGUGUCUUUGCAAUAAACGCCCCAGAAUAUAUGUGUCAUCCUCUCUUCUCUCCUCCCCCUUCCCACGCUCUGGGGGUGCCCACCGCAGGGGCCCACACACGCCCCGCCCCCCCCUGUGCCCGAGCGCGUCCCCCCCCCCUCCUUCCCCUCCUGUGGCUCCGUGGUCAUAGCCGGAGAGGGGGAUCAGGCUGUGUCGGGCCCCAAGGAGGGCCGGGGAGCGGGGCAGGCGAGAGGGGACCGUCAGUCGACAACAGUAUUGUCUACACACACACACACUCACGCAUUGGAAUGCUUGCACAUGCAUGUUGGCGUGCUCCCCCCCUCCCCCCCUCCCUGGCCACAUGGGUUCUCCGGUGUUCUGGAGGCUGUAUCUACCUGGGCCUUUUGCUUACCCCCUUGCCUGGCCCGAUCCUCCAGGCGAUCCCCCCCCUCGUGGAAGGACACUCCUUCUCACCUUGCUUGUUGCAUCUCACAGCCCUAUCUCUCUUUCUCCCUCCCUUCCUUCCUUCCCGCCCUGUAAAAAAAAUAAGAAAAGCCAAAAACAAACAAUACAUCCUCUCUUCUCGCA